UCCUGAGGGUGGGGCAGGGGCAAAUGUCAGUCAGGUCGGGAGCUCGUCGGCGGAACAGAAGAGACCGGGUCUGCUCACAGGGCAUCACGACCACUGUAGUGUUGUCGGCCCAAGAUGGAGUUCCUCCUGGGGAACCCGUUCAGCACCCCAGUGGGACAGUGCCUGGAAAAGGCGACAGACGGCUCCCUGCAAAGCGAGGACUGGACGUUGAACAUGGAGAUCUGUGACAUCAUCAAUGAGACGGAGGAAGGGCCAAAGGAUGCCAUUCGAGCCCUGAAGAAGCGGCUCAAUGGGAACAGGAACUACAGAGAAGUCAUGCUGGCAUUAACAGUGCUAGAAACAUGUGUGAAGAACUGCGGCCACCGCUUCCACAUCCUUGUGGCCAACCGCGAUUUCAUAGACAGUGUUCUGGUGAAAAUCAUCUCUCCCAAGAACAACCCUCCCACCAUUGUGCAGGACAAGGUACUCGCUCUGAUCCAGGCGUGGGCUGAUGCCUUUCGGAGCAGUCCUGACCUCACUGGCGUUGUGCACAUAUACGAGGAGCUAAAGAGGAAGGGGGUCGAGUUUCCCAUGGCAGACUUGGAUGCCCUGUCUCCCAUACACACACCACAGCGGAGCGUCCCUGAAGUGGAUCCAGCCGCGCCCGCGCCCAAGCCCCAGCCGCAGCAGAGGACGAGGGCCGGCUCCUGCUCCUCGCCUCCUGCCGCUCCCUACUCUGCUGCACAGGCCCCGGCUCUGAGUGUGACUGGCCCCAUCACAGCCAAUUCAGAACAGAUUGCCAGGCUGCGGAGUGAACUGGACGUUGUUCGAGGAAACACAAAAGUUAUGUCUGAGAUGUUAACGGAAAUGGUCCCCGGGCAAGAGGAUUCAUCAGACCUGGAGUUGCUGCAGGAGCUGAACAGGACCUGCCGGGCCAUGCAGCAGCGCAUCGUGGAGCUCGUCUCCCGCGUGUCCAACGAAGAGGUCACGGAGGAGUUGCUGCAUGUCAAUGACGACCUCAACAACGUCUUCCUCAGAUACGAGAGGUUCGAACGAUACAGGUCGGGCCGAUCAGUUCAAAAUGCCAGUAACGGAGUACUGAAUGAAGUAACUGAAGACAAUUUGAUAGACCUGGGGCCAGGCUCUCCAGCUGUGGUGAGCCCAAUGGUGGGGAGCACAGCGCCCGCAUCUUCCCUCUCCUCCCAGCUUGCAGGCUUGGACUUGGGGACAGAGAGCGUCAGUGGCACCCUCAGUACACUCCAGCAGUGUGAUCCCCAUGAUGGCUUUGACAUGUUUGCCCAGACGAGAGGAAACUCCUUGGCCGACCAACGCAAGAUGGUGACCUACGAGGAUCCCGAGGCUGUCAGAGGACUUGCUUCUGCACUAGACAGUCGGAAACAGAGCUCUGAAGGGACUUUCCUGUCCUCGGCGCAGGAGAGAGGUAAAGGUGGGGACUCUGGCCUGGAACCCAUAGACAGCUGGCUCAUUACCCAAGGAAUGAUCCCCGUUGCGCAGCCCUCUGUCAUGGACGACAUUGAGGUGUGGCUCAGGACAGACCUGAAGGGCGAUGACCUGGAGGAGGGUGUCACGAGUGAAGAGUUUGAUAAAUUCCUUGAAGAAAGAGCUAAAGCUGCUGAAAUGGUUCCUAACCUCCCUUCGCCCCCAGUGGAGGACCCAGCCCCAGCCUCAAAUCCCUCCAGGCGGAAGAAGCCAGAGCAGUCAGAGGAUGCCCUCUUCGCCCUGUGAGCUGUUCUGCAGCUUGGCUCCCCAGAGGGCAGGUCACCUCUUGUUCCCCCAUCCAUACCAGGCACUGGCCACUCUUCUCAUCCCCUGCCCCCACUUGAUCCUGUGCUGCUGUGUCUCCAUGGAAACACCACUGUGUUUGCUCCCAGGCCUCCCAUGAGUAAGGGCCAACUUUAGCCACCUUCUCUCUGGGAGGGAGGACAGCUUUGCUGCAGCCAGAGGCCCCUCACCCCCAUUCUUCCACCCCCUACUGCCUACAGGCUCCCUCUACCCAUGUUUCCUCCUAGGCAGGGCAGUCCUCUUAGGACUAUUACUUGAGUCCCUUCCUUCCCCUACACGCCCCUGCCUGAUUCAGCAGGUCUCCUCCGACCAGCCUGCCCUCCCAUGCCCCUCUGUUCUAGAAAGGGCUUGUCUGCACCUGUGGGCUUGGUCUCUCUUCCUGGAAUGCUGCUCCCUGACACACGUCCCCUUGUGGCACUUGGCAUGCUCAGCACUUCAGAAGGCUUUAUGGGGUGCCCAUAUAGGGGUUGUUGAUCUUCUGGAUGGUCUCCAUCACUCAGCUGCUAGCCCAGUCUACACCGGAGCUGGCUCAGCAGCUGAGCCUGGAGCCGAGGGGUCCCUGAUGGACCCACACACUCCUGGUGUGAGAAGAAAGUGUCAAGGGCCGAUGGGAGGGCAGCACACAGCCCAUGGAUGGCCACAUUAACAUGCUGGUUAGCGCCCGCUGGGAAACACUGCCAUAAAGCAAACUUGUGGAGGGCCUGUACUGGGAAGAAUGCUCUGGCUUGCUUGGGAAAGUUUUGUGGGUUUGUAAGCUAUGCUUGCGGCUCUGGCCUGGCCCAUGGCAGCUUCAAUGCCUCUACCUCCAGAGCCUAGCAGUAGAUGGCUUUGCACCAUGCUUGGAGAUCCAAAUGACUGAGAGGCCAGAGUGACACUAAGGCCCCUGCACUGCUCCUCAGCAUGGGCCCCAGCCUCCUCUGCAGACUGUCCUAACAGCUUGACCUUCUCCCACCCCAGAUCCCCCAGGCCACUGAGGUGUAUACUCUCUCCAAGCCAGCCUAGAGGGCUAACAGCCUGAGGCUGAGCAUCUAGGGACUGGUGACACCUGGUCCCAUCCUGGGUUCUCCCUGGUGUGUCUCCUGGCUGUGGGCAAGGAACUUGCUAGGGCUUGGCAGCCUGACCUACCCCUGGGCUGCUGUUGCCCAGAAGGAAAUGCUGCAGCUGCUUCACAGCAGCCCAUGGGGCUCUGGGGCCUGGGUCAGUAUGCCAGCACAUGGUGCCCAGGUGUCAGGGGCAAAACUUGGCCAGGCCACCACCCCAUGGUGUAGUCAGCCCUUCCCACAUGGCAGCCUAAGCAGGGAGAAGAGACAACUUGACGCAGCCCGAGGCUAGUGCCAUGGGCUCUAGGCGACGCAUUUGGGAUGAGGACUGGAGCCAAGGGCCAUGCUGAGCCCUGACAGGAAUGGUUCUGAUGGAGAAUAAGGCAGUCUGCACCCCAGAACCCCUUUUCUAGUCCAGCUCCACCGCAGCUUCCUCCAGACAGGAGGCCUGGGCUCUGGCCGGGGUCCCCUCUGGCCGACCCUGCUGGGGAUGUCACAGUCUGCUCCUCAGAGGACACCCAGGAAGCGCUUCGAGACUGGUCAGCCUGACUCCAGCCCUGCCCGUCGGCAGCACAUGUCAGGCCUCCACUCUCCCCCCAACCCUUGGUCAGCCCACACCUCUCUUUGCUACAUUCGCAAGGGCAGAACUCCCUGAGGCAGCCUGGACGUUAAGAUGUCUGAGGUCAGCUGGCUUGACACAAGCUGCAGAGAAGGUGGCUGGGAUGGCUCAGGUGUACCCGGUGACCCCAGCUAGUAUCCUCAGCCCCUUGGUGCAGUCUAGAGGGCAUGUCUCUGUGGGGCCCAGGGGCCUGCCUUCACCAACCUGCCAGAGCUGGGCCUGCAUAGUGGGCAGCAGGGCCUCGGGUGGUCAUCCCCGCAGGAGCCACAGCACCACAUCUGGGCCCAGAGUCCUCGGAGGGGAGAGCCAGCCUCCCUGCCUGACAGAGGGGGAAGUCCUCACAAGACCAGGAGCUUGAAGGGUGUAAGGGGAGAGGAGGCUUCCAGCAGUGAGUGAAGCUGAGGCAUGGUGCCUGCCUGGAGAGACCCCAGCAAAGCUACUCUUAAUACCCAUGGUCCAGAGCAGCCCCCAGCUCCAGGCAUGGCUUAGAGAGUCCUGGCUGUCUCUGGGCAGCAGGUGGUAUGGACUUCUGUGGGCUGGCAGGAAGGCAUUGGCCAUACAUGAAAGUGCCACCUGCCUUCUCAGCCCAGAGCCAUUCCUCCUGUUCAUAGAUCAUGUCCAGAGGCAGUCCACCCCUAACUGGAGGCUUCAGGGGGCGCUUGCUGAAGUCAGUACAGGCCCAGGGACAGGCCCUGGUGCCCUUGAGGGGCUGCUGCUUAGCCCUUCCUAUCCAGAGGCCGUAGGUACCAUGGGCCAUGUGAUGCUGGCUCCCCUCCAUCCGGGGCCACCUGCUUAGGGAAGGGGCUAAGGCCCUGGCAGGAAAGCCAGCCAGAGCCUACCUCUGGGGGAGAGAGACCCUUGAGAGCCACCAGCCUCUCCACAGUGUUAGAAAUCACAGAUACAGUAUGUACUUAAUUACACUAAAUUAUUGCUGAGAUUCCUUAUAAGCACUAAUUAUACCUGAUUAUAGGUUAAAAUAUUUAUUUUGUCAAAAUAUUUUCUUGGGGAUGUGUUUAACCUUCUCUGUGCUCAUUGUGUGCUGAGAUGUGAAAACUAACCAUUUCCUCCUGUGUGACCCAGGGCGCUGGUAGGCCUUUGGCCGGCCUGCCCCAGAGCAGUCCCUGUGCGGGACCCCCAGGCACUGAGUGGGCUGGCUGGGGCCGGCCGGGAGAUGACUGGCUUGCUUAUCAGAGCUGAAAGGGCUUGUUGUUGGCCUGGGCCAGAGGAAAAGGUGGCCGCUGGUCUGUGCUCCUGUCUCCUGUCAGCCCGUUCAGUGUGAGUGACUGUGCUGUCUGCCAGACCACGCCUUGGCUCAUUGCUCUUUCCCUCCUCACCCAGGGUCCAGAGCAAGGGGGUCUGGGGAGGUGUGGGCCUGUGUUGUCACUCAAGGCCCUUGGCUGGGAGAGUGGAGGCAAGUACUCUGGAUGGCCCGACGGCAGCGGGCACCCAGACCCUCCAGCACCAUGGGGCUGAUGGCUGCUCGCUGCCUUCUCUCUUGCUGCUCCUCUUUGUCCCUGCCAGCACGCCCGCACUUCUGCAUGCACACACAUCAGCCCAGCCUUCUGGAUCAUUCCAGGAGGGUUGUGACCAGCUAAAAGCAUGGCAGAGGAGUGCUGUGCUCCUAGCCUGGCCUCAGCCAGCCGGCCAUCAGCCUCUCCACCAUCUGCUCUCUAAGACUCUGGGCUCUUCUCGCCUGCCUGCCUACAUGGAGAAGAACAGGCUUCUCCCAUGGCUCAGGGUGUGCACUCCCAGAAGGCACCCCCUUUGGUGCCCACCUCUCCCAGUGCCCAUCUCCAACUCCUGUCCAUGGGGGUCUAUGCCUGGCUUCCCGUUGCAGCCACUAGCCCCUGGAACAGCUGUCACUCUGGGAGUCACACUGCUUCUCUCAUGUAUAGAGCCCCCAGGCUCUCCCGGAGAAGGGGGAUAAAUAUUUAUUUCCUGAAGUUUGCACUUGUGAGGGUUCUCAGGGUUGUUGAGGGCUGUUCAGUGUGUUGACUUUGUUGUCCAGUCCAGUCUGCUGUUGUUUCGCUGUUGCACAUUUCUGCGGGCAGAGCCAGUCCUGGAGGGUCCUCAGAAGGACUACCAGGGCAUCCAUCCAUCCAUUGGCUCUCCUUCCAGAUGUCAUCUCUGUAGUUUGGAUUCUUGCAUGUAAAAAACUCCACAAUAAAUAAACAAACAUGCGAACCGUU